AUUUUACCUCGUUGAGUUUGUAGCGAAACCCUACUGAAAUCGCGAGAGCACUUCGUCUCCCAACAUGACGGUUGCAGAGAUUGUGGUAGUUGCCGGCAUUUGUACAGGUGUUAGACUUCGUCGCAGAAAGCCAGAGAUGUCGUCUGAAGAAACACUAAGUGUUGAAGGGGAAGAAGGGGUGAGGGACGUGACUUCGAGCUCGAUCUCUACUUCGAGCUCGAUCUCUACUUCGAGCUCGAGUAGGGGGAGUGGGGGUAGGACCUCAGUUAGUGAGGGAAAUGGGGGUCAAGAGGGUAGCCUUGUCCCAACCAACAUUUUAGAGGUUGGUGACAAUCAAGGAAAGUGUUAUGACGAGAGUGACGAGGUGGUGAGGGAGGUGGUGGGGUAUGAGUCGAGCUGGAGGUGCAGGGGAGAGCUGGGGCACUUAGUGGAGAACUAUAGUAUCCCACCCCAUGUGCUGGUAAGGCCAGCAGAAGGUGAAGAGCGAGCGUGUUCAACUCCAAAAGACCAUUGGAUGCCAUUGUACACGCACUACCUGGCAGCUGGGCUCCGGUUUCCAAUUCCGGAGUUGCUGGUAGCGCUGCUAAAGGAAUACGGGUUAGGGUUGAUGCAGCUCGUCCCCAAUGGAGUUCGGUUGGUGGAGAAGGACGAGGUGAAGAGGUUGGAGAGGGGUGGGGGGGAGCUGGCAAACAUAAUGUACCUCACCAAUCCAGAGGUGGUGGAGUCAUCUAGAAUCUAUGGGAGGAGCUUGUUGAGCAGAGAAGAGAUGAAUCGUUUGAGAGCUGGGGACAAACCAGUACGACUUCCGGAGAAGAGGUCAAGGGCAUUAGCCCCGGGUGCUCAAGAGGAGCGAGUUGGGGGUGAGGCAUCAAGUCCUCGAGUUGAGGUGGGGCCCAGCUCUGAGCCCAGGAGGGGUGUAACUGAGGAGGUUGUCGCCCGGAAGAGGCCAAGGGUGGAGGAGGUGCAGCCUCUGCAGAUUGAGGCCCCGGUCAAGUUCGUACCUCGGCCAGCCCCAGUGGAGAUCGACCCGGCAAUUCGGGAAACUGAGGUGGUGGUGCCUGGGAAGGGGAAAAGCUCCGUUCCUUACCCCAGGCAAAUGGCCAGCUUCUACGAUUCGGGGAGGACGACUGCAAAGCGCUUCAUUGGCGCCCACUUCCCCAAGAAUGAAGAACUCAACCGCCAGAAAGAGGAGGCGGAGAAGAACUUCAGUGAACUGACCUCGGAGCUGGAGAAGGUUAGGGAGGAGUUGGCCAGUUCUAGGAAGGCAGUUGAGCUAGCGGUCCACAAUUCUGUGGAGGAGCACGUUGCAGACUUCGUCAAGUCUACCACGUUCGCCGAGGUGGUGGACCUCUCCCGCUUGCCAAUGCUGGUAAUGGCCUUCGCUGACUACCGUAAGAAGGUGAAGGCGCAGAAUCCAGAGGUGGACGUGACAAGCAUCACUUUUGGACCUAAGGAGGCAGGGGUAGAGGAGAACGAGGAUAGCAAGAUAGCGGAGUUCCGCCCUGAGGUUAAACUGACUUGGGAACGGGACGAGGCUGGGAAAACUAUCCUCCCAACAACGUUGGACUUCGAGUUCGUCGCCGUGGACGAAGAGGAGGCCGAAGUGGCACCGAGAACAGAGGUUGCGAACAACAUACGGAAUGAGCUCCAGAUCAUUGAGUGAGCUCAGCCAGCUCACCCUUUAUAAUUUUUGCAAUUUUUAGUAUAUGUAAAGAACAAUUUGUAUUUCAAUUGAAAUGAAUGAAUUGAAAUUUU